UCAGCUGUAAACACAAAUACAGAGAGAGAGCAAACCCAUUUCUUGAAAUUCGAUUUCAGACAAAGCAUGAAGAGAGUCAGAGGUUUCAAGAUUGGACAUAGAUUCGUCAAGAUCUUUAGAUGGAUCCGAUCCAAAAGAACUCAAACAAUGAAACGUCAAUGUCCGACCCGAAUAACAAACCCGAUCGCCGGAAUCCGCUCACUAGCACGAUCUCUAAGCCGUAGAGCCAAGAGACUGUGUGGUGGCAAGAAGAAUUCGGGCCAGAGUCAGAUCCGACUGGGUAAGGAUCCGAGAACGUCUGCUUCGAUAAAGGUUGUUCCGAAGGGACAUUUGGUGGUUCACGUCGGCGAAUCAGACGGCGACACGCGGCGGGUUGUAGUUCCGGUGAUCUAUUUUAAUCACCCAUUGUUCGGAGAAUUGUUGGAGCAAGCGGAGCGGGUUCACGGGUUUGAUCAACCGGGUCGGAUCACGAUUCCAUGUCGUGUUUCUGAUUUUGAGAAAGUUCAGAUGAGGAUCGCUGCAUGGGAUCACUGUCGCAGGAAGAGUAAUUACAAGAUUCUGUAAUUUGACACAUUCUUGUCUUAAUUUAAAAAGAAAAUAGAGGCCUUUUGUAAAUAUAUUGGUUUUUUCCUUGUUUUAUACACACCGUAUGCCGUGUACAUAAGUGUAAAACGACAAAUAAAGUGAA